AUGCUAUCGAAUGCGACAGUAGCAAACAAUCAUGAUUCCAUGGCCUUCAUUGAAUUAUUGAAUACAGACGAAAAAUUAACAUUUAUACGUCAAUUGAUUCAAUUAAUUAAUCAACUGAAUUACUUAAAAUUACAAGUUGAACAGUGGACUUAUUAUUAUCAUGUUGGCAUCACUGAAGGUAUUUGGAAUGGAUGUGUAUCAAAAACAAUGGCUAUGUCGAAUUCUAUCUAUCAUAUAUAUGGUCGAUCUAAGAAAUUAGUACAACGACGUCGAAUAAAAUAUAAUCAACAGCUUGAACGUUUGAAUUUAAAAAUCAACGAAUAUUUACAACAAGUACCAUUUCUUGUGUCUGAUAUGGAUAGGAUUAUAAUGUUCAUUACUAAUCUUGUUCAUAAAGAUCAAUAUCAAUUACGGAUUGAAUUAGAAAGACGAAGAGAUAUAAUUAAAUUUCAUGCCAAAGAUCAUCAACUUAUCCAAACCUUCUAUAAUAUGAAGCCAAAAAAAGCCGAAAUUUGUUCAGCAAAACUAACGUGGAAAGCAAUUCAUGAAGAACGUACACUCAAAUAUGAAAUGAGCAUAUUUAAAAAUUGGUUAUCUCUUAAACCAUUCUCAACUACAUAUGAUUUUCAAGAUUUAGAACUGACAAAUAUCAAUGGUAUUUUAUCAAAACUUAUUUUUAAUCAACCAACAAUUGAUACACGAAAUUUAUUUGAAUCGUCUACAAGUGAUUUAUCUAUACAAAUUUUUAUAGAAAUCGAACAGAAGAUUCGAGUCUGUGAUGAAAAAAUUCAAUUUGAACGAAAAAAAUUGUUUAACAGAAGAGAUAAACUUAAAUGUAAAUUGUUUAUGAACAGAAUUAUAAAUACUAUUGAACAUCGUCAGAUAAAUAUGAUUCAACAUGCACAAUACCAUACGAACCAAAUGAUACGAUUUAUCUUCGGUGAAAUAACAUCUGAUACAAAAUAA